AUGGCACCAUCAUCCGAUUUUCGCAUCAUACUCGUUGGUGGCGGCCCAGUCGGUCUGGUCGCCGCCCAUGUAUUCGCAGCAGCUGGGAUCGACUUUGUGCUUUUGGAACAGAGGCCAACAAUUGUGCCGCCAGAAGGUGCUGGAAUCGUACUCUUUCCGCAUACACAGCGGGUCUUUGAGCAAUUGGGCCUCAUGACCCGAAUCCGGGAGAUUGCGCACCGAUUCAGCGAGAACCGAAUUGUCAACAGUUGGGGCUGGCACUAUCAUACCACGUAUACGGCCAAGUGGACAGAGGAAAAUCAUGGGGCCGACUGGCUCUUCUUGCACAGGCCAGAGCUGUUGCGGGUGCUAUACGAAGCACUGCCAGACACGAUCAAGAACAAUGUGUACGCUGGCAAGAAAGUACAGGACAUUCAAGUCACAGCAGAUGGGGUCAUUGUUCAAUGCGCCGACGGUACGCAGGAGCAAGGUAGCAUGGUCAUUGGCGCAGACGGUGUGCACAGUCGCGUGCGAAACUGCAUGAAGAAGUUGGCUCAGCAACAUGGUGCCAAUGCUACAACCAGCAGAGGUGACGAGGAAUCGCUCACUUCAACGUACAGAUGCUUGUACGGAAAUACUGGCCAUGUCCCCGGACUCGAGCUCGGACCCGAGUGGGACCUGCAUAGUUCCGGAAUCGCAAUGCAACUGUUUGGAGCAAGGGACAUGUGCUGGUUCCUGUUUUAUGACAAGCUCCCUCGGACAGUCAAAACCAGGCAGAGGUACACCGAAGACGAGAUGGACAGCCUCGCACAGAGAGUUGCAGAUGUCCAUGUUACAGACAAGGUACGAUUCAAAGAUGUUUGGGACGCCCGCAAAUGGGUCAUGUUGGCCGACUUGCCCGAGGGCAUCAUAAAGGACUGGCACUGGAAGCGCAUUGUACUGGUCGGUGACGCUGCGAAUAAGCAGACACCAAAUAUUGGUCAGGGUUGGAACUGCGGUGUUCAGGACGUUGUUGUUUUGACAAAUGAGCUCCGACGACUUGUAAACAAUGGCACUUCUGCGGACAUCCGCGAGGACGAUCUGCGCAAACUGUUUGAAACCUAUCGAGAUACGCGACAGCCAGACAUAGAAGCUUGCGUCGGUAUUGCAGCUGGAGCGACCCGGGCUGUCACAUGGGACACCUGGUUGACUUGGCUCAAAGACAGAUUGCUCAGCCCGUGGACUGGCGGCGGCCGAAAUGAGUUUCGUCAGGCUAUUGGAUCGAUGAUCAGUAAAGGUCAAAUUCUCGAUUUCAUUGCUAAAGAGGAUGACCUGUCAGGACUAGUUCCAUGGCAACACGCGCCAUAG